AUGUAUUUAGCCGCCGACUUCUCCGUCCUUCACCUCUUGUCGUUCUUCGUUAUGUGUGUACAUGGCGUGCCAUUAACCAUCACCAACCAAAAACAGGAAGAAGCUGGAUCUUCGCCAUGUGCUUUCCCCUCGUUGAUUUGCAACGAUCUAUCGGCAACCCCUCGUUGUCUUACAACCCGUGAAAUUUGUGAUGGUGUCGACAAUUGUGCUUCUGGUCAAGACGAAAUCAACUGCGAGAGGAAGGACUAUGUCAUCGAUGGUAAACUGGUAUCCACCCGUGAGAUCACCGAAGAUAUUCUCGUUGAACACGUCUCGCAGGAAUCGUGUGCAAAGUUAUGCAGUGAGGUAGUCAAUUUCAAGUGCAUUGGCUUCCAACACAACCUCCAGUUCGACCAGUGUAGACUUCUUGAUGCUAAAUUUGCUCGCAAAGCAGACAAGGCUACUAUUAUCAGCUUCUGGAUCACAUUCCAACGUAAUGAGAAUAGUACAGUUAUCCCAGACCUUACUGUGACCCGUCCAAUUGGUGAUGCACUUUUGAAUACUGACAAUAAUGACAAACCUUUCGAUGGUUUUGAAGGUGAAUUUGAUGCCAUCAUUGUUGAAGUUGACUGGGAUUCUCCUCAGUCUGAACGAGUGAAACGCAGAACUAUCUUUUCAUCUGCAAAUAUGAGAUCGGGCGCUACGUGCGGUAAGCGCGUAGUCGAUUUCGAACCUCCUCGUCCGACAAGUAGCCGUUUGGGUCGCGUUGUCAAUGGAGUCGACGCGCCCGUCGGAGCUAUCCCAUGGCAGGUUUCCAUCAAGCUUAAGGAUGGCGGCUCCCUUCGCCAGUGGUGCGGAGGAGCCAUCAUCUCUGAGCGUCUAGUCCUAACUGCUGCCCAUUGCAUCGAUCACUUGCGCAAAACUGAGUUUGUCGUAGUCGUCGGCGAGCAUGACACCAGUGUAUCUCAGGCAAAAGAACAAAUUUUCCCCGUCGAGAACUUCAUCAUCCACCCUAAAUUCAAAUCUACCAAAGGCGGCUCCGAUAUCGCUUUGGUGAAACUCGCCACGCUCAAUGGCAAAGGCGUCGUUUUUGGUGACGUUGCCCAGCCAAUUUGCAUGCCUACAUCAGAAAGCGCUUACCAACCGGGUACUUGGUGCAGCGUCUCCGGCUGGGGCAUGCAAAAACCUGCAAGUGAAGACACAGUGUCAAAAGUGCUUAAAGUGGCCUCUGUACCUCUGAUCUCUUCCGAAAUUUGCAACAAGAAGGAAGUCUACGGUAAUCAACUCAAUUCCAACAGUUUCCCUGACGGCAUGCUCUGCGCCGGAUUCUUGGAAGGAGGCACCGAUGCUUGCAGGGGUGACUCAGGAGGUCCUCUUGCCUGUUCCGUCAAUGGGCAAUUUCAAUUGCUAGGCUUGGUUUCCUGGGGUGAUGGCUGUGCCGACAAAAACAAACCGGGUGUAUAUACUAAAACCUUGCACUACCUCAACUGGAUUCAGGAUUCGACUCGCAAACUGUAAUUAUCAAAAUUCACCGUACAACGUUUAAUCCGCCCACCGAACCUACCCCACCGAUCCCAGUCAAGAUGGAUGCAUUCACACUAUCGUAACUGGUCAGCUUAUUUUAAAUAAUAUCUUUUCCUUCGUGGAAAUCUUGUACAAACCUAUUUAGAUAAAGUGGCAUGGAAGAUUCCACAUUACAGCUGUGGACAGAAAUGCACUUUUUUUUUACUAACUAUAUAAAUAUGAUACCUACUAAUAGUCUAAACUUAUGUAUAACUAUAAAUAUUGUAUUAUUAUGUAUAUUUAUUUAUUAUUAUAUAUAUAUAUAUAUAUAUUAGCGGUAAAAAGGGAUCUCUGAAGUAAUGGACGAUUAGUUUGGGGAAAAAAGGCAACAAGUAAAUAUCUUCCCGCCAACUUUUCCCGCCUGAUGGUUUUGUAUAAAACAAAUGAUGGGUGAUGACUAUCACAAUGUGUGUUCAAUCGAUCUAGUUUGGUUUGUACAGCUCCAGUAUUUUAUAGUUUUGUAAUAUAUCUUCAGACGUGAAAAUGAAUACAUAAAAAUUAGCAUGACA